GGCUAAAUUUACGAUUAAUUGAACAUUGUAAGUCGUUGACACAGUGAGAGGUUAUAUUUUCUGUUGAUGUUUUGUAAUCACUGGGGCGUAGCCAUGGCAACGAGGAUGGCGUGGGAUUUAUUCAAACGUAUUAUACGGACAAUAUGCUUUCGUGUCACGAACGUCAUGAAAGACUACGAAGGACUGGCAAGUCCCUCUCACCGGAGGGUGAUUUUAUAUUGAUGAGGGAGCAGACAUAAAUUGGGAAACUGGCUAUCAUGGGAACAUCGGUGUUGGGGGCGACUGAAAAUUGGCGGGAGAAUAAUUUUCCAACAUGGCGGGCACUCUAAUGGCGUAAGCAUCUUGCCGGCCGCUCAGUCACUGUAGCUAAUAGCACGCUGCAUAACUUUGGGGGGGAAAACGGUAAACGGUUCGAUGUCAAGGGCUUUGACAAGUUUUUAGUCUGUAUCGCAAUUGAUGAAAAAAUUAAAGAGGAGAUGCCACCAGUGAAGAAAGUUGAUCUGGAGAGGAUGGCAUGGAGUUGGAUAGAGACAGUAGCACCAGAAGAAAUUGAAAAGAUUCACCUCGAGAACGCGUACAGAAUAGGAUUAAAAAAUUGUAAAAACUGCAAACGUAAUUGCAGUAACAAUCCUUGUUGUCUAACUGGUUUAGGCGAAGAAAAAUACUUCAAAUCUCAACCAGCCGAGGUGGCACCACUGGAGAGUUCAUUAUCUGAAUUGAGAGACCCAACUCAAUACGUUGGACUGAAAAAUCUGGGCGCUACGUGUUACGUCAAUAGUUUAAUUCAAGUUUGGUUUCAUAAUGAGGAUAUGAGACGAAUAAUCUACAAAUGGGAUAUAACAGCAGACCCAGAGGAAUCUGAGUCCCUGCAGCAUUCCCAAUCCCUGAAGAAUCCCUAUCAUCCUCGAACAGUAGUAGGCCAACUGCAAUACAUUUUCGCGAUGAUGCAGUUUGGUAACAAACGCCUACUGGAUCCAACAAGUCUAGCAAUAGCCCUGUCCUUGGACACAGACACGCAACAAGACGCCCAGGAAUUUUCAAAGCUCCUCCUUGCCCACAUCGAGAACAAACUCACAAGCCUAACCUUGAAAUCUCGCCUCCAACGACUGACCCAGGGAACCUACAUCUACGUAAACAGAUGUUCAACUUGUUCGACAGAAUACCAGACACCGACAACAUUCUAUGAGCUUGAUCUUCAGUUAGCCCCAACCUUGAAGGAAGCUAUGGACAAUUACCUCAGUGAGGAGGAGCUCGUGGGUGCCAAUAAAUACCACUGCCAAUGUUGUAAUGAAAAACAGAAUGCCAAAAGAUUCAUCAGACUUGACACACUCCCAGAGACUCUGAACUUUCAGCUGUUGAGAUUUGUGUUCCAUCGAGAGAGUGGGCAGAAGAAAAAACUUUCAUCGUUCAUACAAUUUCCGGAGGAUCUGGAUAUGUCGGAGUACUUAAACUGUCAACCAGGUACACAUUUAUACUCGUUGGUUGCUGUUUUGAGUCACAAGGGGCCAUCUGCUCACUCUGGUCAUUACAUUGUUAACAUUUGUAAUUCGUCCGGCGAGUGGUAUCAGUUCAGCGAUGACAAGGUCGAGAAGACUCAGAAUAAAAGGAUUGAGGAUGGUAUUGGAGAUAAUGGGAAAGUUGCCAAGAGGUCCAGGGUACCCAAGGGCUUCCUCUCAUCCAAUACUGCCUACAUGUUGGUUUACAAGAAGAACUUGGGGGAUGGCAAGGCUAGGAGAGCUUUGGACAAUGGGAAGAGGAAGGAGACCAGUGAUUCAGAUUCGUCGGGAUCUAUUUUCAGUUCUGGCAAGAAGACCAAGCUAAAGAGGAAAGGGAGAAAGAAGAUCAGGGGGGACGAGGAAGGGUUGGACGAUCACUCUGUGGAUGAGGGAAAGGAUGAAGUUAUGAAUGAUGUUGAGGAUCGAAGGGUGGAGGGGAUUGCCGAUGGUAAAGAGGAUAUUGAGAGAUGCUUGUCUCCUGCUGGUGUUCGUGAUGAUAAAAAUGGUGAGGUUGAGCUUACAAUGAAGGAGAACUACGAUAAAAAUUAUCAGAUGCUCAAUGGUGAUGCUCACAGGGCGAUGGGCUGUGGGGAGAGGGAUUAUUAUGAGGCUAUGGAGUUUCAAAAGUGGGAGUUGAGCGAGACUUUGAGGGAACUUGUCAAAGGGGAGAAUGUUGCUCAUGAACUAAGUCUUCUUGCUGUUCAGGAGGAGAAGCAAAAGAAAAUUGAGGAGAAGAACGUCAAGAGGCAGGAAGUCAUUGAUUUUUAUGAAACUUGGGGAAAGUGUGAGGGUGUGGGAGUGAGAUUUGUGUGGAUUCCUACGAGUUUUAUCAGCAAGUGGCUCAAUGAUCACUCGGGGAGCAAUGAGGGGGUGGGGGAGGUCGAGACUGGGGGGCUCGUGUGCCUACAUGGGAAGAUGGACCCUGGGAAGGUCCAUAAAGCUAAGUGUGUGCCUAUUGUUGCUGCUGAAAAGCUCCUGGGGAAGUUUCAGAUGAAUGAGAGGCUUGGGGAGGACAGCCUCUGCUUGGCCUGUGUCAGGAAGAAGUGCAAGACGAUGAGGUUCAAGAUUGAGCUGGAGAGAGAUCACAAGGAGGUGAUGGAGUCUAUUAAAGUGGUCAAAGAAAUAUCGGACGAUAGUUACAUAAUUGGUGCAGACUCGUUAAAACACUGGCGAAAAUUAGCAAUGGAGCGUCUGGAGGGUGAAACGAUUGAUGAUAAUUAUGUAGACACGACGAAUGAUCCAAAGCCCUUCAAUGACAAUCAGAAAGAAGACAUGGAGGAGGAAUCAGAACCUAUUAUGAAUUUUAAUGAGGAUCUCUUGUGUGAACAUGGAGCAUUGAGAACCCCAGAUGCUAGUAGAAAAAUCAUACCGGGAGCUGCCUGGAGAAUACUUAAAAAGUAUUUUCCAAAGGCUAGUGAGUAUUCCUUUGGCACGGACUCAUGUAUUAUUUGCGAGGAGAGAAAUGAAACUGCUGAGAAAGCCAAGGCUGAUCAUAAAAUUAGGGGGAAACUGCAGAAGGACCAGUUGAGUGAACUUUAUCAUGGGAAAAAUAGAAAUGAGGUCAUCAAGGGAAAAAAUUGUUAUAAAGCGUACUUCAUCGUUGAUAAGGGAUUCGUGGACGCUUGGAAGACAUUUACUCGAACUGGAAGAAAUGCUCCACUCUCCAUUAAUAAUGGUCAGUUACUCUGUGAACUUCACAAAGGUUUCUUAUAUCCCGCCACAACCUCCAGUGAAUUUUAUACUAUUGUAACCGAGGAGGAGUGGCGUAAGUUGAAUGAAUUCUACAAGUCCGAUCACGAAAUCAAGAUUGUAAAUUUAGGAAUCGAUGAGGCUGACCUGAAGACGAACCCUGAUCAAUGUCGAGAGUGUAUGCAAGCCAGAGUUGAUCAGGAGCGCUUAGAUAGUUUAAAUUAUGAUAAUGCAAAGAUAUAUAUUAAGUGCAUAGAUGAGGGAGACGACAAUGAUAGCCCUAUCAAGAGUUCGAGGUCUUCCCGUACGAGAAGAAAAGCAAAAGGCUCGCACGAACUCAAAGUGUCUUCUCAAAUGACUCUCAAGCAGCUCAAAGUCAUGACAAUGGGAAUCUGUGGUGCCGGACCAUUUGAUCAACAUCUGACGCUAGACGAGCGUGAAUUAACCGACUCAGAUCAGAAUCUAGCCUCCCUCGGCGUCUACCCUGGUGCUGUACUCAAGUUAAAGGUUGACACACCACCGGACAAUGAAGUGGAUUUGGAAUCAGACUCGACAAGUCGUGAAGCAGCAUCGCCGGAGAAGGGUUUCAAGGGAACGGAACUGGUGCCCAGCUGAUUCCCCCCAGACGAUUAGUCCCCAAUAGUCGCAUAAAAAACAAACCUCCUUACUCCCGUUAAAAAAAAAAACAAAAAGAGUAAAAUAUUUUUUUAUCACUAGUUCGUAAAAUCUUUAUUACAAAAACUGAAAAUUAAAAAAAAUUAAUUGAAAAGUACUGCAGAUUGGGAAAAGCAAACAAAUGAAGAACUUUAAUAAAAAAUGUUUGUUGAAAAAUUCCUGUCGUCAA